GUCCAACGCAGGUUUGAUAAGAGAAGCCAGUUUCAUUUCUGCUCUUCGCUUUUUCUUGUUCUCAGCAGAAUUGAUGUUAAAAGCAUGUUCUGAAAUAGUAAAUGAAUUAAUAACAGCUCACGAACAAAACAAAGAUGUUAAUCUGAAUGGAUUGAAAACAAGAUAUUCGAGACUUAAUAAAUUAUCAAAUCAGCCUAAAUUGGUUGACAUUAUUGCGGCUAUACCUGAACAGUAUAAAAAUGCAUUGAUGGGAAAGCUGAAGGCUAAGCCUAUUAGAACUGCUAGUGGGAUUGCUGUUGUAGCUGUUAUGUGUAAACCACAUCGAUGUCCUCAUAUUGCAGUUACUGGAAAUGUUUGUGUAUAUUGUCCAGGUGGUCCAGAUUCCGAUUUUGAAUAUUCAACGCAAUCAUAUACUGGUUAUGAACCAACAAGUAUGAGAGCUAUUAGAGCAAGAUAUGAUCCUCUAGAACAAGCCAGGGGACGUGUUGAUCAAUUGAAAAGUUUGGGUCACAAUGUUGAUAAGGUUGAAUAUAUUAUUAUGGGUGGCACAUUUAUGUCAUUACCUGAAGAAUAUAGAAAUUGGUUUAUUGCCAAUUUACAUAAUGCUUUGUCUGGUCAUACAACUAAUGAUGUUGAUGAGGCUGUAAGCUAUUCGGAACAAAGUAUGACAAAAUGUAUUGGAAUUACUAUUGAAACACGUCCUGAUUACUGUUUGAAGCCACAUUUGAGUCAAAUGUUACGGUAUGGAUGUACACGCCUAGAAAUAGGUGUACAAAGUGUAUAUGAAGAUGUAGCAAGAGAUACAAAUCGUGGUCAUACGGUUAAAGCUGUAACGGAAACUUUUCAAUUAGCAAAAGACACAGGAUUUAAGGUUGUUUCUCAUAUGAUGCCAGAUUUACCUAAUGUUGGUAUGGAAAGAGACUUAGAUCAGUUUAAAGAAUAUUUUGAAAAUCCUGCUUUUCGAACUGAUGGGCUAAAAAUUUAUCCAACUUUGGUUAUUCGUGGAACUGGGCUUUACGAAUUAUGGAGAACAGGUCGAUAUAAAAAUUAUACGCCUAACGCGCUGGUUGAUCUGAUCGCUAGAAUUCUAGCUCUUGUCCCUCCCUGGACUAGAAUUUACAGGGUACAAAGAGAUAUUCCAAUGCCCUUGGUUACAUCAGGAGUUGAACAUGAUAUUCAUAAUAAAGUCAAACCUGAUGAGGUUGAAUUAAUAAGGCGCGAUUAUGUAGCAAAUGGUGGUUGGGAAACAUUUUUAUCUUAUGAAGAUCCAAAACAAGAUAUUCUAAUAGGUUUAUUACGACUUCGCAAAUGUACUACUAAUUCACCACAUAGUACAUUUCGACCUGAACUUGUUGAAUAUCCAACUUCAAUUAUAAGAGAAUUGCAUGUUUACGGUAGUGUAGUACCAAUGCAUAGUAGAGAUCCUAUGAAAUUCCAACAUCAAGGAUACGGAACUUUGCUUAUGGAAGAAGCAGAACGGAUUGCUCUGGAAGAACAUGGAAGUGUAAAAAUUGCUGUUAUUAGUGGUGUUGGAGUUAGAGGUUAUUAUGAGAAAUUGGGAUAUGGGUUGGAAGGGCCCUAUAUGACUAAAAUGUUGAAAUAA